AAUAACUAAAUCAAAAAAAAAAAAAAAAACACAUUGACAUAUUGAGGCGACAUACGCGCCGUUUGGAAAAGAUCGCCUCAACCGAGCACUUCUGUUACGAAAUCUCUGAAGAAAUGCUACGAAAAGCAAUUAUUGGGUUAUAAUCGCAACAGUUGUCGCCUCAACACCAGGCUGGGACUAGGGAGCAAAAACCAUUGGGUGCUUGAAGAACUUGGGAAAUAUCGGAAACAAAGUAUUGAGAUUUCGUAUUUGUUCUGUUCCUCCUCUUGAUCUUGUGAAAAAUUGGCUUUUGUUAACUUGUGACCUUAGAGCAUUUGAAAGCUUCAAAAUGUCUUCAAUCAAUGCCCAAAACCUUUUGCUACCUCCCCGUCAUUCUCCAGUAGUAGGCGUAGCUCAUGACAAAGUUCGGGCGGCAAUAAGAUCUACAAGUUUUGAUGAAAUCCCUUCAUGGGUCUCUCUCAAAUGCAACUCAUCUACGAUUAAAAGCCACCGAAUCCAACAAGGCCAAGUUGAAAAUUUACACUUGAUUUCUUUAUCAAAACAAGGGAAGCUCAAAGAAGUUGAGGAAUUUCUUAAACGCAUGGAUGAGGCCGGCGUUUCCGUUAGUCCCCACUCGUAUAAAAGCCUCUUGGAAACAUGUGGCAGGCUGCGAGCUAUAUCGGAUGGCAGAUUGAUUCACGACCGGUUGCGAAUAACGGUGAAGGACCCAACUGGAUUUCUUGAGGAUUACGUUCUUCGGAUGUAUUGUGACUGUGGGAGUUUCGUGGACGCACAGAAAUUGUUUGAUGGAAUGCUAGAGAGGAGUUUGGUCUCGUGGACUAUAAUUAUCUCUGCUUACGCGAAGGAGGGGCUUUUGGACAAAGCUGUUCGGUUGUUCUCGCAUAUGCAGAGGUCAGUAUCAGGAAUUACACCGAUCCCGUCUAUCUAUAUUAGCCUCUUACGGUCCUUGAAAGAUUCUUCUCUUUUAGAGCUUGGGAAACAGAUACAUUCUCAUGCGAUAAGAAAUGGGUUCGGUUCUAAUGUUCCGGUUAUCACGGCAAUUGUCAACAUGUAUGUUAAGUGUGGUUGGUUAGAGGGUGCCGAGCUUGUUUUUGAUCGGAUGCUUGAAAAAAAUGCUGUGGCUUGGACUGGGUUGAUGGUAGGGUACACCCAAGCUGAGAAACUGGAGGAUGCCCUGGUAUUGUUUGCUAAGAUGGUCAAGGAAGGCAUUCCCAUGGAUGAGUUCGUGUUCUCCAUAAUUCUCAAGGUGUGUGGUGUUCUGGAGUACUUGAACAUGGGAAGGCAAAUUCAUGGUUAUAGUGUUAAACUUGGAAUGGAUUCUAAUGUUUCAGUAGGAACUCCUCUUGUGGACCUUUACGUCAAAUGUGGGAGUUUUGGAUCUGCUUGCCAAGCGUUUGAGAGGAUAACUGAACCGAAUGAUGUUUCAUGGAGUUGUAUAAUCACUGGUUAUUGCCAAAUUGGUGAAUUUGAGGAGUCUCUCAAGAUUUUUAAAUCUCUAAAGAGUAAAGGCGUGGUUUUAAAUUCAUUUGUAUAUACUAGCAUUUUCCAAGCCUGCGCUGCACUUGCAGAUUUAAAUUUGGGUGCUCAAGCUCAUGCUGAUGCAAUAAAAAGAGGGUUAGUUUCCUACCUAUAUGGAGAGAGUGCUAUGAUUACUAUGUAUUCAAGAUGUGGGAGAUUAGACUAUGCGUACCGAGCCUUUGAAUCACUAGACAAACCUGAUACUGUUGCCUGGACUGCUAUAAUUUGUGGUUACGCUUAUCAUGGCAAUGCCACUGAAGCUUUAAGGCUUUUCAAUAGAAUGCGGGACUGUGGUGUAAGACCAAAUGCAGUUACAUUUAUAGGAAUUUUAACCGCUUGCAGUCAUUCCGGCUUGGUCACAGAGGGCAAGAACUACUUGGAUUCGAUGAAGGGUGAGUACGGUGUGGACCCAACUGUUGACCAUUAUGAGUGUAUGGUCGAUAUAUACUCUCGUGCCGGGCUACUAGAGGAGGCUCUUGAAUUGAUAAGGAGCAUGGCUUUUGAAGCUGAUGCAAUGAGUUGGAAAAUUUUAUUGGGUGGGUGUAGGACCCAUCAGAAUCUUGAGCUUGGAAAGAUUGCAGCAGAAAACCUGCUUCAGCUGGAACCAGACGAUCCAGCCACUUAUAUUGUCAUGUUUAACUUAUAUGCUUCAUUUGGGAAAUGGGAAGAAGCAGCUCAUUUUAGAAGGAUGAUGGCCGAAAGGAACUUGAGAAAGGAAGUCAGUUGCAGUUGGAUUACUGUCAAGGGUGAAGUGCAUCGGUUUAUUGUAGGUGAUAGACACCAUCCACAAGCAGAACAGAUUUACUCAAAAUUAAGGGAGUUCACUUCAUCCACUGAGAAUGAUGAAAAUGCCCUUCUAACUGAAGAGGAUGUCUCCUCUGUAUUGCCUGAACGGAAAGCACAGCUUCUUGACCAUAGUGAGAGACUUGCUAUAGCAUUUGGGCUCAUAUCCACAUCAAGUAACGUUCCAAUUCGGGUUUUUAAGAACCUCCGGGCGUGCAAAGACUGUCAUGAUUUUGCAAAGCAAGUGUCCUUGGCAACGGGACGCCAAAUUAUUGUGAGAGAUUCCAACAGAUUCCAUCACUUCAAGUUAGGGGAGUGUUCUUGCAAUGAUUACUGGUGACGUGUAAACUCAAUUACUCAUAUUUUUACAUGAAAAUACCAAGUCAUUUAACUAUUUUUGCUAUUAAA